AGGCGCCUCCUGUAGCGGGAGUCAAAGGUUGCGGGGAGGAGCUGGCAGCUGUCUGGCGGCACCUCCCUGAGCGGUACACUGCUCCUCUAGUGUCGGUGUGGCUCUGAUGGAUGCUUCUGCUGGGAUGGUCUUGAGCGAUGCUACCGCUGCGGACGCUCGAGAGGAGGUGGAGGAUGACGCUCCAGUCCACGGCGCUGCCCUGGAAGCGUUCGGCGAGAGUGCGGAGACCCGCGAGCUGCUCGGUCGCCUGCGGGCGGUGUUCGACGAGCGUGCGGCCCGGGAAGUGGCGGAGGAGCGGUUCCGCGUAAUUAUGGACAAAUACCAGGAACAGCCUCAUUUGCUGGACCCACACCUUGAAUGGAUGAUGAACUUAUUAUUGGACAUAGUACAAGACAAGACAUCUCCACCUGCCCUUGUACAUUUGGCUUUUAAAUUCCUUUACAUCAUCACCAAGGUUCGAGGAUACAAAGUUUUUCUGCGUUUAUUUCCUCAUGAAGUGUCUGAUGUGCAGCCUGUGUUAGAUAUGUUCCCAGGUCAGAAUCCUAAAGACCAUGAGACAUGGGAAACUCGCUACAUGCUUUUACUGUGGCUCUCGAUGACCUGCUUGAUCCCUUUUGAUUUUUCACGCCUUGAUGGGAACCUCCAUACUCAUCCUGGGGAAGCACGGCUGCCCAUAAUGGACCGUAUUCUGCAAAUAGCACAGUCCUAUUUGGUGGUCAGUGACAAGGCACGAGAUGCAGCUGCUGUCCUUGUGUCCAAGUUUAUCACACGUCCUGAUGUAAAGCAGAGAAAGAUGGCUAGCUUCCUGGAUUGGAGCCUAUGUACCUUGGCCCAUUCCUCCUUCCAGACUAUUGAAGGGGUCAUUGCCAUGGACGGGAUGCUUCAGGCUUUGGCCCAAACAUUUAAACAUGGAAAACGUGAAGACUGUCUACCCUAUGCCAACACUGUGCUUCAGUGCCUGGAUGGAUGCAAACUUCCUGAUAGCAACCAGACUCUGUUGCGGAAGCUUGGGGUAAAGCUUGUACAGCGGCUGGGGCUGACCUUCCUAAAGCCAAAGGUGGCCACUUGGAGGUAUCAGCGUGGCUGCCGGUCAUUGGCUGCUAACCUGCAGCUGUCUGCCCAUGGUAGGAGCAAACAGAAGCUGCUGUCUGACAGUGUGACUUCGGAUGGUGAUGAGGACUACGAUGUCCCAGAGGGGGUGGAAAGUGUCAUAGAGCAGCUGCUGGUUGGGUUGAAGGACAAGGACACUGUGGUGCGGUGGUCUGCAGCUAAAGGAAUUGGUAGAAUGGCUGGAAGGCUUCCCAGGGAGCUGGCUGAUGACGUAGUGGGUUCUGUGUUGGACUGUUUCAGUUUUCAGGAGACGGAUAAGGCCUGGCAUGGUGGGUGCCUGGCGCUAGCGGAACUGGGGAGACGAGGCCUUCUGCUGCCUUCACGACUUGCUGGAGUUGUCCCUGUGAUCCUGAAGGCACUGACCUAUGAUGAGAAGCGAGGUGCCUGCAGUGUGGGUGCCAACGUCCGGGAUGCUGCCUGCUAUGUGUGCUGGGCCUUUGCACGUGCCUAUGAACCUCAGGAGCUAAAACCCUUCGUAACUGCCAUUUCAAGUGCACUGGUCAUUGCUGCGGUGUUUGACCGAAAUGUGAACUGCAGGAGAGCAGCCUCUGCUGCCUUCCAGGAGAACGUGGGGAGACAGGGCACUUUCCCUCAUGGAAUUGAUAUUUUGACAGCAGCAGAUUAUUUUGCAGUUGGUAACAUAUCUAACUGCUUCCUGGUUAUAAGUGUGUUUAUUGCUGGCUUCCCAGAGUACACUCAGCCACUGAUAGACCACCUGGUCUCCAUGAAACUUAACCAUUGGGACGGGGCCAUACGAGAGCUGUCUGCAAAGGCACUGCACAACCUGACCGCACGAGCACCUGAGUACAGCGCCACUCAUGUGUUCCCAGUGCUGUUGUUGAUGACACUGAGUUCGGAUCUGCACACACGGCAUGGGGCCAUUCUCGCCUGCGCGGAGGUCACCUCCGCCCUGUACAAGCUGGCAGCACAGAGUAGCAGGCCUGUCACAGACUUUAUGGAUGAAAAGACAGUGCAAGGCCUGAAGCAGAUCCACCAGCAGCUUUCUGAUCGUCAUCUGUACAGGGGUCUUGGAGGAAAACUCAUGAGACAAGCAGUGUGCAUUUUAAUAAAGAACUUGUCACUUUCCAGAAUGCCCUUUAAAGGUGACACUGUGAUUGAUGGCUGGCAGCAGCUGAUAAAUGACACUCUCAGAAGUCUCCAGCUGGUUUCAGUUCAUUCUAGACAACAGGUCAAGGAGGCAGCUGUCUCAGCUCUGGCUGCUCUAUGCAAUGAAUACUACAGAAAGGAGCCUGGGGAGGCAGGACCUGACAUUGAAGAGGAGCUUAUUCCACAGUACCUUGCUGAGCUCCAGAGCCCAGAGGAAAUGACCCGCUGUGGCUUCUCCUCAGCCUUGGGUGCCCUCCCAGGCUUCCUUCUGAGAGGUCAUCUGCAGCAGGUUCUUGAAGGUCUUCGAGCAGUCACCUGCAUCUCUCCCAAGGAUGUGAGCUUUGCUGAGGCCAGGAGGGACAGCUUGAAGGCAAUCUCAAGGAUUUGCCAGACUGUUGGUGUGAAAGCAGACAGUGCCCCCAGCGAAGCAGUGUGCAGAGAGAACGUUUGUGAAGUUUAUGCCACACUGCUGGAUUGCAUGAAUGACUACACCACAGAUAGCAGAGGGGACGUGGGGACCUGGGUCCGUGAGGCUGCCAUGACCAGUCUGAUGGACUUGACACUUUUGCUGGCACAAACAGAACCCACACUUAUUGAAGCCCACAUCUGUAAGCGUGUUAUGUGUUGCGUGGCCCAGCAGGCAAGUGAGAAGAUUGAUCGGUUUCGUGCUCAUGCCGCCCACGUGUUUCUGACUCUCUUGCACUUUGACAGCCCCCCCAUUCCCCAUGUGCCUCACCGAGGAGAACUGGAAAGGCUAUUUCCCAGGUCUGAUGUGGCUUCCGUGAACUGGAAUGCACCUUCCCAGGCCUUUCCUCUCAUCACUCAGCUCCUGGGGCUGCCCACCUACCAAUACCACGUCUUGCUGGGGCUGGCUGUAUCUGUGGGAGGCUUGACAGAGUCUACGGUCAGGUAUUCCACACAGAGCCUCUUCCAGUACAUGAAGGGGAUUCAGAUGGAUGUACAGGCUCUAGAGAACUUCAGUAAUACACUCCUGCAAGUCUUUGAAGACAACCUCCUGAAUGACAGGGUUUCUGUGUCACUGCUGAAGAUGCUGGACCAACUUCUGGCCAACGGGUGCUUUGAUAUCUUCACCACUGAGGAGAACCACCCCUUUUGUGUGAAGUUGCUUGCACUUUGUAAGGAAGAAAUCAAGAGGUCAAAAGACAUCCAGAAACUCCGGUCAAGCAUUGCGGUGCUUUGUGGGAUGGUGUACUUCUGUGGUGAUGUGAGAAAGAAGGUACUUUUACAGCUGUUGCUCCUCCUCUGCCACCCAUUCCCUGUGAUCCGGAAGACAACUGCAAGCCAGGUGUAUGAGAUGGUGCUCACCUCCAGUGAUGCAGUGGACAUUGAUGUCCUGGAAGAGGUCAUGGCUGUGCUCAAUGACACAGCCUGGGAUGGAGAGAUCUCAGUCGUAAGAGGGCAGCGGAAUCGCCUAUGUGACCUCUUUGGUGUACCCAGACCUCAGCUGGUCCCCAAGCCUGGUGUGCACUAAAGUUACUCCUGGGAGCGGAGCCCUUAGCCAACUCUGCUGGAACAUUCGCACUGAGGUGUUGCUGCAAGCUACAGGUUAUAGAAACCUGGUGCCAUGGGGCCUAAGGUCUCUCUCUGCUGGGACACCUGCUGCUGGGACUCAGAGGCUAUCACCAGAGGGCAGUGUUUCCUCAUGUGUGCAGUGCUCUGUUAGCUGGGGUUGUCUGUGAUUCUACCAUUCCUUAAUAUAGUUGUACUUCCCAUUAAAUCAUGUACCACAUGGUUCA